UUUACAAAAAGUAUUACACAAGUAACAUCUCUAUGGAAUAUAUAUAUAUAGUGGUUGCCAUUUUGGAGAUUCGAUUUUAUUUUAAUUGCUAGAAAAGCAGUGACAUCAUUUGAAAGUGGAAAGUAAAAUUCCUUUUGGUAUAUUUUCUUUUUCAUUCAAGGAGAAUGGUAGACGUUCUAUGACGUAAAAGUCAGAGGAAAAGUAUUAACUGUUUGACGUGAAAUAAGCUGACCGCACUGCGCUGUUAACGUAUUGAGCCUAUUGGACAUUGUUAAUGUUACCUACACUUCAACUAAACCUACUUUUCAAAUGUAAAUGAGGAUAGAAAAAGAUUUGAGGUCAUUUGGUUAUCUCUGCUUAAAGUCCCGAGUCUCAGUUCUUUGUCAACACCAGCUUCUUUUAAUAACUAAAAGAUAUAACUUUCAAAUUUAGAAAGAUGUUAGGUAUUAGCAGAAGACUUUGCAGCACAUUGAAGGAUCAACUUUUGAGUGUUCGAUCUCACUAUGCAAACAUGCAGAUUGCUUUGCAACAGAAAAUCGCUCUAGAAGAAAAGUGCAUCCUUGUGGAUGAAUUUGAUAGACCGGUUGGUGAAGCUACUAAAAAAUAUUGUCAUGAAAUUGCAAAAGAUGGUAGUAUACCUCUACACAGAGCUUUCAGUGUUUUCAUUUUCAAUAAGAAAGGUGAUUUAUUAGUUCAAAGGAGAGCUGCAUCCAAGCUCACUUUCCCUGGAUGCUAUACAAAUACCUGUUGUAGUCAUCCACUAGCUGAUAUUCAAGGUGAAAGUGAAGAAAAAGAUGCUCUUGGAAUACGGAAAGCUGCUCAACGAAGACUGGGGUUUGAACUAGGAAUUCCCUCCAAAGAAGUUCUACCUGAAAAUUUCAACUUUAUAACUAGAAUUCACUACCAAGCAGCUGGUGAUGAAAUUCUUGGAGAACAUGAAAUAGAUUAUGUUUUGUUUUUACAAGUAAACAAAGUAACUGUUGAUCCAAAUCCAGAUGAAGUUAGUGAAAUUAGAUGGGUUCCAAGAUCUACAAUCAAUAACUUUGUCAAAAAUAUUGAUGCACCUCUAACUCCAUGGUUCAAGUUAAUGCUUGAUCACCAAUUGCUUGUGUGGUGGGACAAUUUGGAUUCAAUACACAAGUUCCAAGAUCAUUCAACGAUUCAUCGUUUUUUAAAAACGUGAUUUGAAAAUUGUUAAAUUUGUUGUUUUAUCUUAAUUUUAUUUUUGAAAGAUAUAUAAUGGAUCAUGUAUUUUCCAUCUGAAAAAUUUUAGCGUUUUCUUUAGAUUUUGACAAUACUCUGUACUAGUAUUUUAUUUUUCUACAACGUUCCUUUAUAUUAUUUUAGUAUGAAUUUUUUAAUAUCUUAGUAAAUGACUGUCUUCUUGUGCUAUUUAUUACCUUAGUGGAAAAACUUACUCGAUUUAUCUUUUCGGAAAAACAAUUUGAAAAUUGAUUUGGCAAAAUUGAUUAUUAUUAUUAUUGUUAUAUUAGCUUUUAAUAUUAAUAAUAUGUUAUGUUGAUUAGACACAAAUCAAGGGUUUGCAUAGUCAGAUGGUUACAAUUAUGUUAAAGUUACUUUUUUUGUAUCAAACUCUGUUGAAAUUAUUUUGCAAUGUUUAUUUUAAUUUAUGUAUUAAUUAUUUAUAUAUAUAUCGCUUAAAUCCUGUAUGUAUCGACGCCAAAUUUCUGUUUCAUAAAAAUGUUUUCUACGGCUUAUGAACAAUAUUGGUAAUAUUCAUGUUGCUAUUUGUUUUAAAUUUACUAUAAACUCCUAAAUAAACAUACUCACAGUAAAAAUUUGUAAGAUAAGGGUAAAUGUAAAGUUGGAUUAAGGAAUUUUUAUAUUAAAAAAUUGUAAAAUGGACAAUGUGAAUUCAAAUAAACA